GGCGGCGGUGUGCGUAAUCGUAGAUCCGCCAUUAAACGGAAAUAAGGAAGACGAAGAAGAAGAAAGCAAACGCGCUAACAGUUAGCUUGGUGGCAGGGUACAGCGAGGAAAUUCUCAGAGUUGCCUGUUUUUCCAUCACACUGCCUCCCCAUCAACCCGUUUGCGAGUGCUGCUGCAGGAUUGUUCAGGAUCUCCACCUGGCCUGCCAACAUGCCUGCCGCACUUACAGAUUCCAGUCAGAUAAUCUGUGAAGUUUGGGCGAGCAAUGUGGAGGAAGAAAUGAGGAAGAUCCGUCAGAUUAUUCAAAGCUACAAUUACAUUGCUAUGGACACAGAAUUCCCUGGAGUGGUUGUCCGACCGAUUGGUGAGUUUCGCAGCACGGUGGAUUACCAGUACCAGCUGCUGAGGUGUAAUGUCGACCUCUUGAAGAUCAUCCAGCUCGGCCUCACGUUCAUGAACGAGGAUGGAGAUUAUCCCCCUGGCACGACGACGUGGCAGUUCAACUUCAAGUUUAACCUAACAGAAGACAUGUACUCACAAGACUCUAUAGACCUGCUCCAGAACUCAGGCCUCCAGUUUAAAAAACACGAAGAAGAGGGAAUCGACACGCUCUACUUCGCUGAGCUCCUCAUGACGUCCGGUCUGGUGCUGUGUGAAAACGUCAAGUGGCUCUCCUUCCACAGUGGUUACGACUUCGGGUACCUCGUGAAGCUUCUGACGGACGCGAGGCUUCCAGAGGAGGAGCAUGACUUUUUUCAGAUCCUCAACUUGUUUUUCCCCGCCAUCUACGACGUCAAAUACCUGAUGAAGAGCUGCAAGAACCUAAAGGGAGGGCUACAGGAAGUGGCAGACCAGCUGGAGCUAAAGAGGAUUGGGCGGCAACAUCAGGCUGGAUCCGACUCGCUGCUCACAGGCAUGGCUUUCUUCAGGAUGAAAGAGCUUUUCUUCGAAGACAACAUUGACGACGCAAAGUAUUGUGGGAGGUUGUAUGGCCUGGGCUCCGGCUCCACCCAACCCCAGAAUGGCAUCUCCAGCUCGGGCCAGGAGGAGACCAACAACAAGCACUGACCGACCGAGCACUCCACUCCUCAAGUGGAAUACACACUUGUUUUAAAACCCAACCAGCAGAUCGGCCCUCCACACCACCCACCCCCACACACACACACACACAACGUGACAGUUUCUUUAAGCCAGCAGUGACGGCACAUGUUUCACUGGCGCUUUCGUUUUUAGUUGCUUUUUACUGAAUAUAUGGUCACAUAUAUCCAUUACCCUUUUAAAAAGAAAUCUCUCCUUGUCCAGCAUUCGUGGCACCUUUGGUUACAGCUUGGGACCAGCUCCUGUAUCACACUGUGAUUUUAGACCAAACUUCAGUUCAGACUUCUCAUCAGCAGGACUCAUGUCUUCUUGCAGGGAUUUCUUUUUCUUUUUUAAGUUAAAGCUGGAAGGGCCUGUAAAUUAAAGUGUAUAAUUUUGAUGAAAAUAAAAAUGUUUUAGCCCUUUUUCCACUUCCAGAACCUUCAAGCCGUCGGUGUGUAACAGCGCUUGGUUUUGCAUGUGUGCUAAUGGGAAAACUACUGUCAUUCUGUACAUUCACCCCCACCACAAUCAGACGUACACAUGUCGUGCUUACUAUUGUUUUUACAUUCUACAUUGUUUUAAACAGCUGUAUAUUAAAUUGUUUUGUAUUUUCGAUGUAA